GGCCAGCAGCCGAGGCAGGGUCAUAGGGGUAUGUUAUUCUAAACCGAAGCACCCAGUGCUCCGGCAGAAAAUAGUCCCUUCGGAAUGUGUAUCUUUCACACUCAAACAAUUGUUGUAUUAGACCAGGUUUAAUGUCUUCGACCGGGAACAAGUGUCUUGACCUAUCGGUUGCGUGAUUUUAUCAGCCACCGUAGCGAUUUUGAAUGUGUUGAAAUCCGCUGGACGAGAGAGGCUGCAUGUAAUCAAGUCCAACAAUAGGCAGCAGAGAAAGAGACGGAGGGGAAGGAGAGAAGGUACAGGAGGGGGAGGGUUGGCAUGUUCUGCUCCCGGGGCGGAAGGAGACGUUGCGCUCAGGCAGGAGAAUGAAUCGCAGCGCCACCGAGCCUGGAACCUCCGACGUAGUAGAAUGGAGCUGAGAAGAAUCACAGUUACAUUGUAGCCAGAAACAACCCCCCCGACGUAGUAGAAUGGAACUGAGAAUAAUCACAGUUACAUUGUAGCCAGGAACAGAACCCCGAAUAUUGUUCCACUAUAACAGUUCCGUCGGAGGAAUAGAAACACAGCGAUGCGGACCAGGCGCUGAACAGGAGCGGCCGGGGUGAGAACAAGGCAGAAAGAUGGGCGCCGUGCUACGGACUGUGUUGUUGUGUAGUUUUUCUUUGCUAAUAAGAGGUGUACCCCUCCUGCUCUAUGCUAACCGACGGGACCUGCGGCUGGUGGAUGCGGCUCACGGCAGGGCCAACGCCACGGUGGUGGUGGGCGGUCUGGAGGACGCCGCCGCUGUGGACUACGUAUACGCUCAGGGAUUGGUCUACUGGAGUGACGUCAGCGAGGAGGCAAUCAAACGCACCACCUUCAACCAAUCAGGGCCCGGCUCGGCGGCGGCCGCCCAGACGGUGGUUGUAUCGGGGCUGGCGUCCCCGGACGGCCUGGCCUGUGACUGGUUAGGCAGGAAGCUGUACUGGACGGACUCCGAGACCAAUCGGAUAGAGGUGGCCGAGCUGGAUGGAUCGUUACGGAGAGUUCUCUUCUGGCAGGACCUGGACCAGCCCCGAGCCAUCUCUCUGGACCCGGGAAGAGGGUACAUGUACUGGACGGACUGGGGCGAGGUUCCUAAGAUUGAGCGAGCGGGGAUGGACGGUACCAACAGAGCCAUGAUCAUUGACAAGGAGAUCUACUGGCCCAACGGUCUCACGCUGGACUACAGCCAGGAGAAACUGUACUGGGCUGACGCCAAGUUCAACUUCAUACAUCGCUCCAAUCUGGACGGCACUGGGAGGGAGGUGGUGGUUAAGGGAGAUCUCCCUCACCCCUUCGCUCUGACGCUGUACGAGGAGACUCUCUUCUGGACCGACUGGAACACCCAUUCCAUCCACUCGUGUCAGAAAGAGACCGGGGAGGAUCGGAAGAAAGUCCACUCGGACAUCUUCUCUCCUAUGGAUAUACACGUCUACAGCCAGAAGAGACAGCCGCUACUGUCUUCACCAUGUUCUGUGAACAACGGAGGCUGUUCCCAUCUCUGUCUCCUGUCUCCUAUUACACCUCACUACCAGUGUGCCUGUCCCACCGGAGUCCAGCUGCUAGAGGACAGCAAGACCUGCAGAGACGGUCCCACACAGCUCCUCCUCCUGGCCCGGCGGACUGACCUGCGCCGCAUCUCCCUGGAUACGCCCGACUUCACCGACAUCAUCCUCCCGACGGACGACAUCCGCCACGCCAUCGCCAUCGACUAUGACCCGGUGGACGGACACAUCUAUUGGACCGACGACGACGUCAGGGCCAUCAGGAGGUCCUACCUGGACGGCUCUGACGCUCAGUUCAUCGUCACCUCACAGGUGAACCAUCCUGACGGCAUCGCGGUGGACUGGAUCGCCCGGAACCUGUACUGGACGGACACAGGAACGGACCGCAUCGAAGUGACACGCCUCAACGGAACCAUGAGGAAGAUCCUGAUAUCAGAGGACCUGGACGAGCCACGAGCCAUCGUACUGGAUCCUGUCGCUGGAUACAUGUACUGGACAGACUGGGGCGAGGUUCCUAAGAUUGAGCGUGCCGACCUGGACGGGACGGAGAGGCUAGUGAUGGUCAACACCUCCCUGGGCUGGCCCAAUGGUCUGGCGCUGGACUACACAGACCGGAUGAUCUACUGGGGCGACGCCAAGACGGACAAGAUAGAGGUGAUGUGUAUGGACGGUUCAGGCAGGAGGAUCCUGGUAGAAGAUAAGCUACCUCACAUCUUUGGCUUCACUCUGCUGGGGGACUAUGUGUACUGGACAGACUGGCAGAGACGCAGCAUUGAGAGGGUUCACAAACACACCACGGAGAGAGAGUUCAUCAUAGACCAGCUACCAGACCUGAUGGGGCUCAAAGCUACAUAUGUACACCAGACCUUCGGUACCAACCUGUGUGCGGAGGCUAAUGGUGGGUGUAGCCACCUAUGCCUGUAUAAGCCGGUGGGCGUCCAGUGUGCCUGUCCCAUUGGUCUAGAGCUGAUAGCUGACCUGUCCACCUGCAUCGUACCAGAAGCCUUCCUCCUCUUCUCCCGACACACAGACAUCAGACGCAUCUCCUUGGAAACCAACAACAACAACGUGGCCAUCCCGCUGACCGGGGUUAAAGAGGCGUCUGCACUGGACUUCGACAUCACCGACAACCGUAUCUACUGGACAGAUAUCACAUUGAAGACAAUCAGUCGUGCGUUUAUGAACGGCAGCGCUCUAGAACAUGUGGUGGAGUUUGGCCUGGACUACCCAGAAGGCAUGGCGGUGGACUGGUUGGGGAAGAAUCUGUACUGGGCCGACACGGGGACCAAUCGUAUCGAGGUGGCCAAGCUGGAUGGACAGCACAGACAGGUCCUAGUCUGGAAGGAUCUGGACAGCCCUCGAGCCCUGGCACUGGACCCUGCUGAGGGGUUUAUGUACUGGACAGAGUGGGGUGGGAAGCCCAAGAUUGACCGCUCAGCGAUGGACGGGACGGGUCGGAUCACUCUGGUGCCCAAUGUGGGCCGAGCCAACGGGCUGACCAUCGACUAUGCCGAGAGGCGACUGUACUGGACUGACCUGGACACGACACUCAUAGAGUCCUCCAACAUGCUGGGUCUGGAGCGUGAGGUUAUAGCCGACGACCUCCCCCACCCCUUCGGUCUGACCCAGUACCAGGACUACAUCUAUUGGACGGACUGGUCUCAGCGCAGCAUCGAACGGGCCAAUAAGACAUCGGGCCAGAACCGUACGGUCAUCCAGGGUCACCUGGACUACGUGAUGGACAUCUUGGUCUUCCACUCGUCACGCCAGGGGGGCUGGAACGCCUGCGCCUCCACCAAUGGGCAAUGCUCACACCUCUGUCUGGCUGUACCAAUCAGCAGCUUCGUCUGCGGAUGCCCCGCCCACUUCUCCCUCAACAAUGACAACAAGACCUGCAGUGCCCCUACGUCGUUCCUCUUGUUCAGUCAGAAGUCAGCCAUUAACCGGAUGGUGAUGGAUGAGCAUCAGUCUCCUGACAUCAUCCUUCCCAUCCACAGUCUGAGGAAUGUCAGGGCUAUAGACUACGACCCCCUGGAUAAACAGCUGUACUGGAUCGACUCCAAACAGAACGCAAUCCGCAGAGCGCAGGAGAACGGGAACAUGAGUAUGACGGUGGUGUGGAGCCAAGUGGGUGGUCCUAACCUGGGCCUCCAGCCGUUUGACCUGAGCAUCGACAUCUACAGCCGCUUCAUCUACUGGACCAGCGAGGUCACUAAUGUCAUUAACGUGACGAGGACAGACGGCAGCCGGGUGGGAGUGGUGCUGAGAGGAGAACACGACAGACCCAGAGCCAUCGUGGUCAACCCAGAGCGAGGGUACAUGUACUUUACCAACCUGCAGGAGCGCAGUCCUAAGAUAGAACGAGCAGCGCUCGACGGGACAGAGAGAGAGGUGUUGUUCUUCAGUGGCCUGGGGAAGCCCGUUGCCCUGGCCAUAGACAAUGAGGUCGGCAAGCUGUUCUGGGUCGACUCAGACCUCCGACGCAUCGAGAGCAGUGACCUAUCAGGAGCCAAUCGGAUUGUGAUUGAGGACUCCAACAUCCUCCAGCCGGUUGGUCUGACGGUGUUUGGUAACCACCUGUACUGGAUCGACCGUCAGCAGCAGAUGAUCGAACGCAUCGACAAGACGACCAGGGAGGGAAGGACCAAGAUCCAGGCUCGCAUUGCCUCUCUCAGCGACAUUCACGCUGUCUACGACCUCGACAUGAGCGAGUACAGUAAGCACCCUUGUACCUGGGACAACGGAGGCUGUUCUCACAUCUGUAUCGUCAAGGGAGACGGAACCACACGCUGCUCCUGUCCUGUUCAUCUGGUCCUUCUGCAGAAUGAACUCUCCUGUGGAGAACCCCCCACCUGUUCUCCAGAACAGUUCUCCUGUGUGUCCGGGGAGGUGGACUGUAUUCCCCACGCGUGGCGGUGUGACGGCUACCCAGAGUGUGAUGACAGCAGCGACGAGGGAGACUGUCCUGUCUGUUCAGAUUCAGAGUUUCAGUGUGACUCCAGACAGUGUGUUGACCUCAGCCUCCGCUGCAACGGAGAGGUCAACUGUCAGGAUCGCUCAGACGAGAACAAAUGUGAAGUGCGUUGCUCUCCGGACCACUUCAGCUGUUCUAGCGGUCAGUGUGUGGGGAAACAUCAGAAGUGUGACCACUCUACAGACUGCUCUGACAACUCGGACGAGAUGGGCUGCUACCCGACUGAAGAGCCGUCCUCCCAGCCCACCAACACCAUCGGCUCCAUUGUGGGGGUUGUCAUGGCGCUGUUUGUGGUGGGCGCCAUCUACUUGGUGUGCCAGCGCGUGCUCUGUCCCCAGAUGAAGGAUGACAGGGAGACGGUGACCAAUGACUUGGUGGUCCACGGCCCUUCUGUUUCUCUGGGUUAUGUACCUCACCCUGCCUCUCUGUCCGGGUCUCUGCCAGGUAUGUCCAGGGGGAAGUCUGUGAUUGGUUCGUUGAGCAUCAUGGGCGGGUCCAGUGGCCCCCCUUACGACCGCGCCCACGUAACUGGAGCCUCCUCCUCAAGCUCCUCCUCCACCAAGGGCACGUACUUCCCCCCGAUCCUGAACCCUCCUCCAUCUCCUGCGACCGUCAGGUCUCAGUACACCAUGGAGUUUGGCUACUCCUCCAACAGCCCGUCAACGCACCGUUCAUACAGUUACCGUCCCUACACCUACAGUCACUUCGCCCCUCCCACAACCCCCUGCUCCACGGACGUCUGCGACAGCGACUACACCCCCGGACGCCGCGCCCCGCCCACCUCCAACUCCGGCGUCGCCAAAGGUUACACCAGCGACCUGAACUACGACUCGGAACCCUUCCCCCCACCCCCCACCCCCCGCAGCCAGUACCUGUCAGCGGAGGAGAACUGUGAGAGCUGCCCCCCCUCCCCCUAUACGGAGCGCUCCUACUCUCACCACCUCUACCCCCCGCCCCCAUCACCCUGCACAGACUCCUCCUGAAACCCCUCGCUGUACAUAACAACUGUUGAUAUUGUGUUUCUAAAAAGAGGGGGAGGAGAGGAGGCUGCUGAGGGAUGUACAGAACAUAUGAACAGAGAAACAGGAAGCUCGGGGUGGAAGAAAGAGCUCCGGGAACAUUUGUACAUUUUAAAAAUAGAAAAAAGCAUAUCUAUAUAUUUUCUAUACAGCGUUUACUGGAUACGCCGUAGAGGUUUGUAUUCAAACAUUUGUACAUUUAUUUUUUAUUUUUUAAUGAAAACGUUUUAUUAAAACCAUCACAAACAUGAUAAGUUGCCUUAAAUCCAGAAGAUACAAACAGUUGUCUGUUUUUACGAAGGCUGGAAGAACGUUUAAAACACGUAGAUGGAACUAUCUGACGCCAAAUAACACACCGUGACAACGCCCGGAACAAUGGAUGGAGGGAGUGGUGAGGCAGGAUGACGCCCCCUGGAGGUGACAGACAGCUACUGCACCACGGCACUCUGCAGCCUGGGCAGCCAUUUUGUAGUGGAUCAGUGAUCCCCAUAGUAACCAGUCAGCUGGUUUCCAUAGUAACAGAAAUUUUGAUUUGAGCUCCUUUCUAAUGGUUUCCUGGUUUCCCAGGACUUCCUGUCCGCUUGUAUUGCUUCAACUAGGUACUACAUAUUAUACAAGCUCCUUAUUCAUCUAACAGGGUACAUAAAGAACCUCUGACCCGACCCAGGGCCCCUCGUCACUACCACAACACUCCUGACCCGACCCGGGGCCCCUCGUCACUACCACAACACUCCUGACCCGACCCAGGGCCCCUCGUCACUACCACAACACUCCUGACCCGACCCAUAGGUCCAGGAAGGGGUGGGGUACAGAGGUGGAGGUCAGGGUUCACAGAAGGUCAGAAGGUCUGUUGUGUGAUGGGGAAACAGAUUCUCACAUCUGAUGAGGUUUUUACUGCACAAUAUUCAACCAAAAUCUAUGUUCUGUCAUUUGAGGUUAUUUGAUAUUUUUCUGUAUGUUUUUGUUUUAAAUGCCAGACUGCAACUGAAGAUUAUCUUUACCCAGAACACAUCUGGUACUGAGGGGGGUUUUAUCUAUCCUGUCUGGAUGGGACAGACCCAGAACACAUCUGGUACUGAGGGGGGUUAUCUAUCCUGUCUGGAUGGGACAGACCCAGAACACAUCUGGUACUGAGGGGGGUUUUAUCUAUCCUGUCUGGAUGGGACAGACCCAGAACACAUCUGGUACUGAGGGGGGUUUUAUCUAUCCUGUCUGGUUAAGAGACCCAGAACACAUCUGUUACUGAGGGGGUUAUCUAUCCUGUCUGGAUGGGACAGACCCAGAACACAUCUGGUACUGAGGGGGGUUAUCUAUCCUGUCUGGAUGGGACAGACCCAGAACACAUCUGGUACUGAGGGGGGUUUUAUCUAUCCUGUCUGGAUGGGACAGACCCAGAACACAUCUGGUACUGAGGGGGGUUAUCUAUCCUGUCUGGAUGGGACAGACCCAGAACACAUCUGGUACUGAGGGGGGUUUUAUCUAUCCUAUCUGGAUGGGACAGACCCAGAACACAUCUGUUACUGAGGGGGGUUAUCUAUCCUGUCUGGAUGGGACAGACCCAGAACACAUCUGGUACUGAGGGGGGGUUAUCUAUCCUGUCUGGAUGGGACAGACCCAGAACACAUCUGGUACUGAGGGGGGGGGGUUAUCUAUCCUGUCUGGAUGGGACAGACCCAGAACACAUCUGGUACUGAGGGGGUUAUCUAUCCUGUCUGGAUGGGACAGACCCAGAACACAUCUGGUACUGAGGGGGGUUAUCUAUCCUGUCUGGAUGGGACAGACCCAGAACACAUCUGGUACUGAGGGGGUUAUCUAUCCUGUCUGGAUGGGACAGACCCAGAACACAUCUGUUACUGAGGGGGGGGUUAUCUAUCCUGUCUGGAUGGGACAGACCCAGAACACAUCUGGUACUGAGGGGGGUUAUCUAUCCUGUCUGGAUGGGACAGACCCAGAACACAUCUGGUACUGAGGGGGUUAUCUAUCCUGUCUGGAUGGGACAGACCCAGAACACAUCUGGUACUGAGGGGGUUAUCUAUCCUGUCUGGAUGGGACAGACCCAGAACACAUCUGGUACUGAGGGGGUUAUCUAUCCUGUCUGGAUGGGACAGACCCAGAACACAUCUGGUACUGAGGGGGUUAUCUAUCCUGUCUGGAUGGGACAGAACCAGAACACAUCUGGUACUGAGGGGGUUAUCUAUCCUGUCUGGAUGGGACAGACCCAGAACACAUCUGGUACUGAGGGGGUUAUCUAUCCUGUCUGGAUGGGACAGAACCAGAACACAUCUGGUACUGAGGGGGUUAUCUAUCCUGUCUGGAUGGGACAGACCCAGAACACAUCUGGUACUGAGGGGGGUUUUAUCUAUCCUGUCUGGAUGGGACAGACCCAGAACACAUCUGGUACUGAGGGGGUUAUC